CGGAGCUCCUGCGACGGCUCGGGGCGGCGCACUGCCCCUUCCGGCCCGCGGGCGCCGCUCGGCACUUCCCGGCGCGCACUCGGCCCUCGGCUCUUUCCGGAGCCGCUCGCGGCGGGCGGCGGAGGCGCUCUCCGCUCCGCUGCAGAUGUCGGACCCGCGGGCGGCUGAGGGGCCGGGCUUCUGGAGCCCGGCGGCGGCUCGAGAGCCGGCGGGCGGCGUCGGGGACGGCCCGGGAGCGAAGGGGAGCCAGGCGGCCGUCUCAGAGAAAGAAGAUCUAGAAAACACCAAGGUCACGUCUCCAGUGGCUUCUGCCUCCAAUCCAGAGCCCCAUCCCUCACCCUCCAGGCUGCAGACGGUGUCUCCGGGGAAGGAGGAUGCCACAGAAGAUCCGCGGAAAGCAGCCAGUGCCUUGGAGGUCCAGGCCUUGGUGGGGCAGGAGUCGCGGCCUGCAGACCAGGCCCACGUCCUCGACAAGAUGGCCAAGUACCCAGCCCCGCAGAGGUCUGGGGACAUCGUUAUGAUCCAGUCCGAGCACACAGGAGCCGUAGAUAUUCUCUCCGCUGACUUGGAAUCUGCAGAUCUUCUGGGGGACCACAGGAACGUCUCCCCGUCUCCGAUGGCUCCUCCGUGCGUCUGGACCUUUUCCAAGAUGAAGGAAUUCAAAAGCAAGCUGGGCAAAGAGAAGAACAGCUGUCUGGUGGUGAAGCGGGGUGAGGUGGUGACCAUCCGGGUGCCCACCCAUCCGGAGGGGAAGCGUGUCUGCUGGGAGUUUGCCACCGACGACUAUGACAUUGGCUUUGGAGUUUAUUUUGACUGGACCCCUGUGACCAGCACUGACAUAACUGUGCAGGUCAGUGAUUCCAGUGAGGAUGAGGAUGAAGAUGAGGAAGAGGAGGAAGGGAUUGAAGACCCCGUCCCAGUUGGAGACGUGGAGAGAGGCUCCAGGAGCUCCCUGCGGAGCCGCUACGGGGAGGUCAUGCCCGUGUACCGGCGGGACAGCCACCGGGACGUGCAGGCAGGCAGCCACGACUACCCCGGCGAGGGCAUCUACCUGCUCAAGUUUGACAACUCCUACUCCCUGCUGCGCAACAAGACUCUCUACUUCCACGUCUACUACACCAGCUGAAGACCCGUGGGCUCCGGGCAGGCGGUGUUUGCUGGCUGGAGCGGGCUGCCAGCUGGUGCUUCUUGUUUUGGGCAGGCGAGAGCCCGAAGUUGAGUGUGAGGCUCCUGACCCUCACGCCCUGCCUGGCAUGCCUGACGUUGACCCCACAUAGCUUCUGCCCCUUCCUGGCUUCUGCAGGUGGUGGUGUAGUGCCCCUCUUCUGCGGUCCAUGACUCACACUCUCCGUGCUU